UCUCAUGGGGCUGUCGUUGGUUUCCCCUGGAUCCGGCGGUGGCCCUAAAAAAAUCAAGUCCUUUUCUCUUUUCUUUUAUUAGGUUGUUCUCUUCUUCCCUUUGAUUUUGUUUUUCCUUUUCCUUUUCCUUGCUGUUUCUUGCUUGUUCCUCCCCUUUCUGGUUUUCUUCCUUCCCAUGGAUGAUGACUUCUCUCCCUCCUUGUUGAGAUGUAUUUUGCUCCCACCUUGCUGGUUUCCAGAUCUUGUGUGGAUGAUUUCCGGAUCUGUGGGUUUGAGGAGCCACGGUUCUGUCCUUGUUCAGGGGUUACUCCUCUGGUUUGUCUGUUGUUGCAGGUAGAUCUUGGAGAGGUUCUGAGUUUGGUUCCCUAUGUCCUUUCUUGCGGCCGUUGUCCUCUCGUCGGCGAUGUGUUGUCCUUUCUGGUGAUUCUUCCCCGGCGAAAGACGUCUCAUGUUGGUAGGAGUUGGUGCGGCGUGUUUUUGGAGAUAGGGGAUGCUUUCGGUGGCCACCAGGCAAUGCUUGGUCAACUGAUGUAGGGAUUCUAGAUUGGGCUUUCGGGAUCCACUUGUUCGGAUCAGGCCUUGGGCCUUGGUUUGGGUGUUGGGCCAAUGUAAA